UCCCUUUCGGUGAUGUAAUUUAUAUUGAGGCGACAUGGACCGCUCUGCCUUAAAUCUUACUGAAACCUUCCUUAAACAUUUUUCACCUUCAACACUAUCGACUGAUUAGAGGCCUAAGUGAUAAGUCGACUUUCUAAGUUUGUAAACAUCUGGGACAGGAGACCUGGGGUGGCGAGGCCUAAUAUCUCCAUAUAACAUAUAAUUUUGCGAAUAUCGCUUCUCCUCGGUCCAAUUUCAUUUAUGAUAAUCGUGAAAAAAGGAAAACCGUCUGCCCAGCCCCGGACGUUAUCUCUCAUCAGUUGACACCUUUUGGCUUUGUGAGGCCCUCGACUCAUCUCCUCUGCUUUACAACCGGGAUGACAGACGACUACGACUAUCUAAUUAAAUUCCUCUGCGUUGGAAAUUCCGGCGUUGGGAAGACUAGCCUCCUCUACCAGUACACUGAUGGAGUGUUCAACACCAGGUUCAUAUCCACUGUGGGGAUCGACUUCAGAGUCAAGAAAGUCUCUUAUAAAAUUCAUGGAAAGACUCAGAGGAUAUGUCUUCAGUUGUGGGAUACAGCAGGGCAAGAAAGAUUUCGUAGUUUGACUACAUCUUACUACCGGGAAUCGAUGGGGUUUUUACUUCUGUUCGACCUCACUAACGAACAGUCAUUUCUAGAAGUACGAAAUUGGCUUGAACAGCUCAAAGCUCAUGCCUACUGCGAAAACCCGGAUAUAAUUCUGUGUGGGAAUAAAGCUGAUCUGGUUGAUAAAAGAGUAAUCAGCGAAGAAAGAGCCAAAGAAGCAGCUGCACAGUACGGUUUCACAUAUUUAGAGACCAGUGCCGCUACAGGCCAGAAUGUUUCCAUGUGCAUUGAGCUGCUGCUCGACCUCGUGAUGCAGAGAAUGGAAGCGGCAGUCGACCAAGCGCUGACCCCGUCGCCGAACAAAUCGCAUCAAGGCAAUAAAAUCACAUUGCAAGAUAACAAACAGCAUAAAAAGUGUGCAUGUUGAGUAAUAUUUUGGUUUAUUUUACUUCCAACCCAAUUUAUUAAUUUUUCCGUAUAUAAAUCAUCAUAUAUUCAUGUUCAUAUAGGUUGAUGUAAGGAGUUGAUGAUGUGUUAGUUUAAUUUUGAUUUUCUGUUCACUUAGAUAUGUGAUUAAUCAAAUAAAUUUAUUUCUACUUAAUAAGUUAUAUUUUGUCAGGGUUAAGAGGUACAUUUUUAUCUUUUUGAGUGAGGUAAUAAGCCAAACCAAAAUGAUUUGUUCAAUGACUUCCCUUUAUGUUAUAUAUAAAACUUCAGCCAGGCUCUGUUUUAAACAAUAAUGCUAGAUUAAUACCUGUACUUCCUCAAAUUCUUCCCAAGCUUUAUUUGACAGAUUAACAACUGCUAAGCAUGAUUUUGAAAUGUAUUGAGGAUGAAGAUUUACCUAAUUAUAGGUUUUAGAAAGUCUAUAUAUACAUUGCCACUUUACAGUGUUUUAGGUCGGCUUGAAUGUAUUCAAUGUCUAAAGUAAGGCCUAAGUAAUUAACAUCAGUUCACUUUUGAAGAAUACAGCCUGAGGCUUAUAUUUUAUAUUUAGUUAAGUUGAGAUCGACCUAUAAUUAAUAAUUAGUUAAAGAGGAUCAGAAGGAAGUCAACUGAUACACUAGACUACAGUUGCAAAGCUUUCAACGUAUAUUACACCAUGAUCAGGGUCUCAGUUUAAAAUAAAAAACAAAACAUUUAAAAAAUGAUAUUAAUAUUAAAUUACAAUUAAUUGGUCAA